UUUAAUCUCUCUAGGUGCCAGCAAUAGUUCAGAAAUGCUUACAACGUGAGCAAAAACCUUAGGUCAGACCAAUUUCAAGGGUUGGCUGGAAGCAAACAUCUGAUAUAAUUGUGACCUGGGCUUCUCACUUGCAAACCAUCACAAGAGGUUUUUCCUUUGUGACCCAACCAGUAAGAGAUCUGGGGUGAUGUCUGUUCCUUGAUGUGCUGCGUUCAGACUCAACGAAAGCGCCGUGGAGGAGCAGUUAAUUCUAGGCAAGCUCGGAAACGAAGCAGGCUGGUGGCUUCUACGACAGAAAUGGCUUCAGAAGCAGAGCCAAUAGAACUUGAAGAAAGUGCUGGUGAAGAAGUGGUCGAUCUGACGUGUGAAUCUUCUGAUCCUGUAGUCGUCGAUCUAACUCACAGUGAUUCUGUUGUGAUUGUUGAAGAGAACCAACGACAAAGGAGAAAUCUCCGACUAAGAAGCCAGCGACAGUCGGACAGCUGUGUACUGAGUAGCGAUGAUGAAGAUGAAACAAGAGAUAAUGAUGUGUAUGUGACAGAUAAAGUGUCUCGAGAAUUGGGACCACUGGAAGAUGAAACUGCAAAUUCCAAGCCGUCUGGUACCGUUAGCUGUCCGAUCUGCAUGGAUGGCUACUCAGAGAUUGUGCAGAGUGGACGACUGAUUGUGUCAACCAAAUGCGGCCAUGUCUUCUGCAGCCAGUGCCUCCGUGAUUCCCUUAGGAAUGCCAACUCUUGCCCAACCUGCAGGAAGAAACUCACGCACAGACAAUAUCAUCCCAUUUAUAUAUGAGUACUUCUAUUUCUCAGGACAGACUCAACUGGAUUUUGGGGGAAAAGGUCGUGUUUUCAAUGCUCCGAAGAUUUAAAGAGCAGCAGGUUGUGCACGCAUCCAAAUAAAACUGGGUUUUUUUGGAGAAUAACUUGUACAUAUAUAGACAGCUUUUUUAUGGUCCAAGCUGCUUCUUGUUAUGUCCCUGGUUAUAAUGUUAAAUUUGCGACUGUCUCUAAACUAGAGCAGCAGCCUAUAUCAGAAAGGAAGCAGCUAAUCUGUUUCCUUCUACCUUUUUAAUGCUGAAAUAAGAGGGGUCUGAACAUUUUGUUAUUUCUUACUCUUUAAAUUAUUCCCGCCAUCGCAUUCAGAUAUGGAAUAGUUGCCUUUCAAAAUGCAGGUGAACAAUUUGCCAUUUCAUUACACUUUUGUUUUUAUCCUCUUGACUCUUGCUUUCUGCUCCGCCAUCUUUGCCCAAGUAGAGUAAGUUCUGUUAACGAUGGGUCAUUUUAUAGUAAAUCAAUAUUAAGUUGGCAACCCGGGUCAUGCAAUAAAAUAACCUGCUGUUAACCAGCAGUCAGGUUUUUUAAGCAGAAGGCUUGAACAUGUAGAUGUCUUUAUGAACUCCAUGAGAUCUAAAGUACGUAGACAAAUGGCAGCAUGUACAAUGUAAAAAUACUUCUUUGAAUGUUUUAACUGCCGAGAAUUCCUGUAUUUGAAUCACAAUACUGAAUUUAUUUUCUAACAGGGUGAGAUGGUCUCUUGGGUUCACUACUGUUCUGUAGCGCUCUCUCCUGAUAACUAAGGAGAAUAUAGUCUUCUCUAGGCUUGCUAGUGAUGAAUAAGCAGCAAAUGGUGUGCGUUCCUCUUGUCAGCUGAAUACCAAACUACCUACAGAUCUUCUUACUCUAUCAAGUGUACCCAGUGUUAAUGCUUAAAGUUCAUCGCUGCUCUCUUCAGUUGCUAUACUGACCCCUGACUGGUUUUAGCCUGGUGCAUAGGAUUAAAAAUUAAAUAUCUGUAUUGCCAUGGAUUUAGGAAGUGGAGGCUUUAAAAGAUGUUUGGUAGCAAUCUUGACUUGGCAGCUUUUUGAGAGAGAAGUUUAAUCUCCCUCUGCUCCAAGGGUUGCCUAGCUUUGUUUAAAUGUGCAUUUUUAAAUAAGAGAAGUCAGAUGCAUGUCCUCAGAGAACUCCUCUGUUGAAGCAAGGCAGGAAUACACAGGUUUAUGGACUGUUACCCAGUCACGUUGGGGUUCUUUCCAGGACUGAGUUAUAAAAUGUCUGCUUUAAACCUGUUACAGCUAAAAUCUGCAAGCUGAUGUGGAAUCCCAGAUGAGCGGAUACAAACAGGAUUAUAGUGAUUUCCAUCAUCUCCUCUACUUUUAAUCAGUAUUUUAUCAUCCACAUAUGCAGCAGCCACAUCUAUGAAGGUUGAAAUUUGGUCUAUAAAAACUAACUUGUCCAAAAUUAAAUGCAGAUGCCUUUUGGCAGUUGGUAGGCCAUGGUAAACCGUUGGAAGCACCAUGCUGCUCUGGUGCAGCACAACAGUAGGAUGCACUUAGUUAACGUUGGUAUCUGAUGUGUCUUUGCUCACCUGUCCUAGGGAUCUGUAGGAAGCUUUAAUUAAAGCAUCUCUUAUUAGCUGUCUCAAGUUCUCUGUUGAAGAUUGCAACCCAAAACUAAAGCGUCUUUUUAAUUAGGAUGUUUAGGGAUGUUUCUGGAUGCAGUAAUACAGACAGAGUUCUGUUCCAUACAGGCUAGCUUGAGAAACGCGGUACCUUCCCCUGCCGGGUUUGGAGUAGCUUUGGUUCAGCCCUGUUACCAGGAACGUGCAGUUUCUGCAGUGUGGCAAUAUGGUAACUACUAAAAAGCUACACACAUUUAGUUACUCUGUGCUCCCAUUGGUAAUAGAAACUACAGCAGUCUUAGGGUACUGCGGUGACAACAGCAGCUGGAAUUUGGGUCCCAAAAACCAGAGAAAUGAUGAAACAGUACUGAAGCAUUAAUUACAUGGGGAGAAGCAGCCCAACGUUAAAAAUGUUAAGAUAUUUAAGGGCCACAGAAACGGCUUUCUCCCAGUAGCUUCAAGAAAAAAAACAAACAACAAAACGAUGGCCAGUUUUUCUUGGGUGGCUACUGUACAGAGGGAGGAUAAGGAGAGGAUUUAGGGGAUUACCUCUGGGGAUGAGGGUGGGUCACCUAUCUGUGCAUCUUCCACAGAGUACUAGCCGUAGCCUAAAAUUACUUUGCACAACUCCCUCUGUGUAAAUAUCACUUUAUAGUUUGUGUCUCCAUAAAUAGAUCUAAUUGACAUUUAGAUACCACAAACUAUAAAAUAUUUAACAAAGAAAUUUUUAGCUUUUGUGUACCCUGUGAAGUACCACACAUUUUGUGCAUCUCAAAAUGAAUUUUAAGUCUCAGUACAUGGAAAAAUACUAAAUUGUGUUACACACUUUUUUUUUAGGAAAAAAAAAAAAAAGAAACCCUGAUAUAUUUGAGUUCCAGUGAUGUUUCACAUUGGCAAGAAGUGAUAGAUAAUAUAAAGAUUUUUUUCAUUAUGUAAAUGUAUGUCUUGUAUAUAGUUCAAUUUUUCCUGUAUUUAAUUGUAUUCAUGUCUGUCUGUCCCAUCUAUGUUGGACUCUGCUGGUAGGCAAACAGUUCUUUUAACAAGUGGAAAUAAAACUAUCGAUU